CAAGGUCGCCGCUUUUAACUCCCCGAAUUUCUUAUUAACUUUUCCCCUCCUCUUCCCGAACUCCUUUGUUGUUUUCCUUUCUCUGUCCAAAUCUCCAAACUCUCACUUUCUCUCUCUGACCGGCGGAUGGAUUCUUAUCAACAGAAACUCAGCCGCCUUAUCUGAACAAGCACGAUGAGGCUCCGGUGAGGAUGAGUCACCGACUGUCUUUGUCUCUACAUACAAACAGAGCAUUAACUGAGCUUAUUAUCAUCGUACUCCUCCACUCUUCAUUCCUCUUUUUCGUCUUUCUCUCGCCGUUGAAAUUCUCACUUAUCGGUAAAAAAAACCAACCGCCGGUUGCUCCGAUUCCGCUCUCCUGGCGGUUGGUCCUCUAAAAUCGCCGGAUUUCCCCUCCGACUUUGCUGGCUUAGAAAUCAAUUGAGCAACUCGAUGAUUGUUGGUGAAUCGAUGGCGGAGGUUGAGAACUCCUCUCAAAUAACGGUUUCCGGCGAAGCGAACAGCCCGUGCUCGUUAGGCGACCUCGCGUCUCCGCCGCCACCGCCGUCGACGACGAAGAAGAAGCGGAAUCUCCCCGGAAUGCCAGAUCCAGAAGCGGAAGUAAUCGCGCUGUCGCCCAAGGCAUUGAUGGCGACGAACCGAUUCGUGUGCGAGAUCUGCAACAAAGGGUUUCAGCGGGACCAGAACCUGCAGCUCCACCGGCGAGGCCACAACUUGCCGUGGAAGCUGAAGCAGAGAGGGACCAAGGAGCCACGCAAGCGGGUCUACGUCUGCCCCGAACCGACCUGCGUCCACCACGACCCGACCCGAGCCCUCGGCGACCUGACCGGGAUCAAAAAACACUUCUCCAGAAAGCACGGCGAGAAGAAAUGGAAGUGCGAGCGGUGCUCGAAGAAGUACGCCGUCCAGUCCGACUGGAAAGCUCACAUGAAGACCUGCGGGACUCGCGAGUAUAAAUGCGAUUGCGGCACUUUGUUCUCCAGGAGAGACAGCUUUAUCACUCACCGGGCGUUCUGCGACGCGCUGGCGGAGGAGACGAUAAGAACCACGACGAAUGUGCAAACGGUGAAGAACAACCUUCCAGCUAAUGGUGAUGAGAAGACGGCGGCGGCAGCGGUGUUGGCGGUGAGGGUGGCUUCGCCACCGCCGCCACCACUUACACCGUCGACUACCGUGGUGUCGCCGGGGAACUCUAUCCAAAGCUCAGAAUUAGCAGAGAAUCCAGUGAUCCUGCCUUCCCCAGCGGCGGCGACGACGACGACCACCGUAGCGUCGGCGGCGUCUGCCAGCACGAGCUCCACGUGCACUACUUCAACCAGCAACGUCUUCGCCAGCAUAUUCACUACCACGACCACAUCGACGGCGGCGGCGGCGGCGGGGAGUUCGUCUUUCACCAAUCUGCUCCAGACAUUCACUCCGGCGGAAUUCCCGGCGACAAUGCCGGCGAUCAUCGAGCCGCCACCGUCGCUUUCUUUGUCCCCGCCGCCGCUCUACUUCGCUUCCCCCUCCGCCGGCGGAGGAGGAGGAGGAGGAGUUCAAGACUACAGCCACCGCUCGGGGCAUCACUACGGCCAGGCGACGAUGUCGGCCACCGCAUUGCUCCAGAAAGCUGCUCAAAUGGGGGCCACGACGUCGAAUCAGUCGUUCCUCCGGGGGUUGGGCCUGCAAAUGUCGGCGCCGGCGCCGGCGCCGGCACCUUUUCAUUCCGAGGAUAGGAAUAUUGGCAAUCAUCAUCAGUGGGACUCGAAGCAGGAGUCUGGAAGUGGGCUUCAGCUUGGGCUGAGCCAGUCCUUCGGGCCCACUACGCUGGACCUGCUCGGUCUGGGCCUGGACUCCAGCUCCGCUCUGCUGACCUCUUAUAGCAAUGGCUUCGACUAUGCUGCAGCGGCAGCCGCUGCCAGCUCCGCCGGAUCGUACGGCGGCGGCGGAGGAGGAAGGAGCUCGGAGGAGACGUGGGAUAAUAGUACCGGCGGCGGCGCGGAGAGGAAGGCUAAUGGUUCAGCUGCCUCGUUGUAGUUUUUGACCAUGUGUAUGAUCUCUCUCCUCUCAACUUUUGGCCACAUGUGUUUUUGUUCGUUUUAGCGACGGCCGGCGAAGUUCUUUUUUGUUUGCGACCAAAAGCUUAGGUCGGCGAUGGGUUAAGCUAAAGUAGGGUUUUUGCCGGCUCUCCAUAUCAAGUAUAGGUCAAAGGUGAAAUUUUAAGAGAUUAGGGUUCUCUUUCUUCCGGUUCAUGAAAGUCUCUUUUGUUGUUUGAAACUCUUCUCUUGUUUUGGCCCUCGUUUUUGUGUAGUUUCUUUUGUUUAAGUCAGGUUAUAUACUGAAACAUAGUAUUAGUAUGUAUAUGCACACAUUUUGGGCUAUAAGAGUAUAUGAAUCUUCACUCUUGUUUACACUCUCUGACAGUUUGUGUUUAUUGGGGUCCUUAGAUAUUUAUCAACACUAAUACGUGUGUAUUUAAUAUAUUUCGAGU